AUGGAUCAUCACAUUCCCAUGCAUGCUUUACCUGAAGAAAUCCAAAAGAUGCCUUCUGAAGAAAAAGUUUGUAAAUACUGUGGAGUCAGCUAUCUAAUUCUUCAUGAAUUUAAGGCCAUGGAAGAAAAAGUGAAAGAAAUGGAAAAAGAGAUGAAAUUUUAUCAAGGAAGUAUAGAACGUGAAAAAAAACUUCAAGAAAAGCUACAGUCUCUUAGCCAAGAUUUUCAACAGUAUAAAAUUGACAAUGAAUCCAAAAGAGAAAGAACUCAGGAUGUAAGCAUGCAGCUAAAAAGUCAACAAGAUGAAUUUAAAAAAGUACAGGAAGAAUUGAGUCAUUUGCAAUGCGAGUUAAAAAUUAAAUGUAGACAAUCACAAAUCUUCAGUCAAAAAUUGGUGGAGUACAAAUAUUUCUGGAAUAAGACACUUUCAUUCCUUACAUGUACUAAAAGAGAGCUGACUAAUAUUAGAAAUGAAGUAUAUGAUAAUUUUCAAAACUGGACUUCACUGAAAGAAGAAAUUUUUCUGCAGAUUAAAUCCAUAAGUGAAACAGCCUUGACAGAAAUAGCCACAUUGAAUAAAAGUUUGACUGUGUCCCAGAGAAAUAAGGUAUGCCUUGAAGAGGAAAUGAAAAAUCUGAAAUUAUUAUCAGAUGCAGCCAUAUUGAGAUCUCAGCAGAUUCAGGCAUCAAAUCAACAGGAGGUGAACUUGCAAACCAGAUGCUAUGAUUUGCAAAGAGAAGUACUAGAUUUACAUUGUCUGGUAGAGGCACUUGGGCUAAAACUUCAGAAGGCAGUGACUGAGAUGGACAACUAUAAAGAAAUGCUCAUGAAGAAAUCUAAUGAAGCUGAUGACUGUCAAAGAAAACUUAGGAAGCUGAAGUUUGAAUCCAUUAUUUCUGAGUCACGUAACACUAGACUGUUAAAAGAAAAAGAAGACUCUUUAACAGCUUGUCAACAGACAUGUAAAACUUUACAGGAACAACUGACUACAAAAGAAAGGCAAGAAGAAGACAUAAAAAGAAGAAUUAAUCUUGCAGAAAAUGAACUUGAAAUAACAAAAACUCUUUUGAAUCAGACAAAGGAAGAGGUUGUAACACUAAAAAAUGAAAGAGAGCUGAUGCUGAUUUCACACCAGAAAAGCAUUGAGCAAUUGCAGGAAACCCUUAGACAGAAGCUGCUGAGUGAUGAUAACUGGAGAGAGAAGAUUGAAGCUGAACUCACCAAGCAAAGAGCCCAACAUUUAGUUGAAUUUGAGGAGCAAGCUCUUCUCUUUAAAGAAGAAGCUAAACUGAUACUUGAUAUUGAAAAGGAAAAAUACCAAGAAAUGAUCCAGAAGUAUCAGAAAGAACAAGAGGAACUACAAAUGAAGAUAUCUGACUUAAUCGCAGGCGCUACUAGAGAUCUAAGGCUGGAAGUAGUUACUCUACAAGAAAAACUCCAUGAAUCUCAUACUAGAUAUACUCAAGAAUCUGAAUCAAAGGAAAAAGAGAUUGAACAUCUCAAAAGUUUGGUUUCAGAAUUUGAAUCUCGCUUGAAGAAGGAAAUAGACAGUAAUGAUUCCAUUUCAGAAGACCUGAGGAAGGAAAUGAAACAGAAGUCAGAUGAACUGGAAAGAGUAAUGCUGGCACAAACACAGCUGAUGCAGCAAUUUAACCAGUCCCAGGAAGAGAACACUUUUCUUCAGGAAACAGUGCGUAGAGAGUGUGAAGAACGCUUUGAAUUGACGGAGGCUUUGAGUCAAGCCAGAGAACAGCUCCUAGAGCUUAGGAAGCUCAACGGAAGAUUACCGUUGUCACCGUGUUCCCUCAGCCAGGGCAGCCUAACCUCGUCUGCUGCAGCAGUUAAUAAUCAUGGAGAAAAAAGCUUUGCAAGACUGAACUCUGAAAAAGGAGUCAAAAUCCCCAGCCUGCAACAAGUGUCAAAACCCACCAUUUCCCCAGAGCAGUCCAAGAGGAUGGUCAGCUCAAGUUUGCCUGUUCUCCCUCAACCACAUCCUCCCAGGGGUCUUGCAUCUUCAGGAAUUGAGACCAGACAAAGACUUACUGCCAUUCUUCGGAGGAGGCUGAGUCAGCAAUGA